UCAACACAAACCCAAAUCAAUCUGCGUUUCUUCUCUCUUUGUCUACGAUGACCUCGAAGAACAGUGGUUUGUCUGCCGCGCUUGUUUCGAAUCUCCAAGAUGUGCUUUCGAAGAGAAAAGUAGGGAACGAGGAAAAAGUUGGGAGCGAUGGAUCGGCGGAGGAGGCUCCGUAUACAUCUGAUUCCGUUGAUGUUGCGGCGGUGGAGGAAGAGAUCGAUGACUCUGGGAUUUUUGCUGUGUUGACCAAUUAAUUGUUUUGACUAUUCAUACUUGUAAUUCAGUCUUGGGUUUUUUGACUUUUGCUUUGAGAAAUUUGCGUCUGGGUAAGGAGGUUGCUUAUCUCCAAGUAUAUCUUGGUCUUAUCUUUAGUAGUAUAUGUAGCUUUGCUUCACGUUCUUUUUUCAUUGGCUUUGGUUGAGUUAUAAUCAAAGAGAUUUUUUUCUAAGUUCCUUGUUUCGAUAUCCCUUCGAGGGUUCCAACGAAAUACAAGAAGACAACACGUUAAACAUUGUUCUCGAAUGAAGAGGAUUUUGUCUU